AUGAAUGGUUGGAUUCAAGGCAGCUUUCAGGGAGAUCAUACAAAAUCUUUUGAAGCCUUCUCUGUUGCAUCUGGUUUGUUCAUCAAUAACCAUAAGUCUAGAAUUUACUUUGGAGGCAUAUCGGAUUCAGAGAAAGCCUCUCAGCUGAAACUUACUAAGUUGACUGAAGGGACUUUUCCUUUGAUCUAUCUUGGAAUACCGUUGAGACCUACCAAGUGGAAGGCUAUGGACUAUGACUUAAUCCUUAUGAAAAUCAGGCUGAGAUUGCAUGGUUGUGCCAGUAGGAAUCUUUCCUAUGUUGGUCGUGUGCAGCUAAUUCAUUCUGUCCUGUUGGGUAUAAGGAAUUACUGGAUGAGUAUAUUUCUUUUGCCUCAGAGAGUCAUUAAGGAGAUAGAUCGCCUUUGCAGGAAUUUUUUGUGGGGAGAAAAAGGUACCAGAAGCAAAUUUCAUUUAACCUCCUGGGAUCAAGUUUGUCGGCCUAAAAUUCAUGGUGGUUUAGGCUUUAAAGAAGGGCCUCUUUGGAACAAAAUUAAGCUUGCAAAAUACAUUUGGGCUAUCUCUUCUAAGCAGGACCUUCUAUGGGUUAAACGGGUGAAUUGUAUCUAUUUAAAAGGGGACCAGAUAUGGGACUAUGUCCUGCAUCAAGACUCUAGCUGGUACUGGAAAAAGUUUAUCAAACUUAGUAAAUCUCUACCUAGCUCAACUUCAAACUCAGCUGUUGUAAAGGGGAAACUCCACCUGAAUAAGUUGUAUCUUUUAUCAAUUCCUGGCAGUCCUAUUAAUAGCAUGAAGGCUGUUUGGUGCAAGCUUUCAGUGCCCAAACAUAGGUUCACAUUGUGGCAGUCUAUUAACCAGAAAUUACUUACUAGGGACUUGAUGCAUUACUGUCACUUAUCUAUCCCUUGUCUAGCUUGUCUGGUCUGUGAGACUAAUUUGGAAUGCCACUCUCAUCUCUUUUUUGACUGUACUUUCUCCAAGAGAGUGCUUCAAGCUAUUUCUGGUUGGCUGGGAGAACUCAUCUGGCCUGAGAAGUUUGAAGACUGGUGCAACUGGCUGACUGAAACUAGGAAAGGCUGCAUGGCUCGAGUAGUUUUAGCUGCACUUGCUGCUACUGUUUACUACCUCUGGCAUAAUAGAAACAAGUGCUGUUUUGGAAGCAGCUGCUUUACUAUUUAUCACUUAGAUUCCUUGAUUAAAGAGUCUGUCAAAGCUAGAGUUUCUUGUCUUAGCCUUAGAACCAAAAAGCUGUCUUUCAGAGAGAAACUAAUGAUCCAAUUUUUCUCUAGUUUGUAA